UGUUGGGGCAGUUGUCGUGUUGGACUCGCUGUGUGUUGUACGCUCUGGUUUUCAUUUUUCAAAAACAGAUCACAUCCGAUCCGAUCAGUUUCAGUGCAUCAAAAUACUUAACUCAUUGCCGUAUUUGUGGCCUAUCAUUCCAUAAUUACUGCCCAUUAUUAUUGUUUGCGAUCAGUUUGGUUUCGAAGAUCGCCUCAAGAUGUUGCCGCUGCUGCAGCUGCUGCUGCUCCUGGCCACGAUCUCUCCCUCGUGGCAAGUGGGAAAUGCCACACUAACUUACCUGACGAAGGCUGGCUGUGAGGCCUUGAUCAACGAUUCCAGUCUGUGCGAAUGCCAGGAUCAGGACAUCAAAUGUGAGACGCUGCAGGUGAACAGUGACAGCGAAAAGCUAUACAGCAUCAGCUGCCAUAUCUUCGAUGCCAGGGGCUUUGGCUAUAUACCGCCCUUGAAUGUGGGCAAAAUUGGAUCGCUGACCAUUCAGAAUUGUGCCAUUCCCGAUGCCAAGAGUAUCCCCAAUCUGAUCAGUCAGCUGGGCAUCACCAACUACACGGAGCUGGAGGUGUUCAACUUUUUUGAUCCGAAAAAGACCGAUCGGGCGGAGGUGCUGCAGCAGCACUACACAAAUCUGCCGGGCCUAUCGAAGCUCACCAUCCUGGGCUUCAAGUCCACGCUGCCCACCAACUUCUUCCAGAAUGUGUUCGAGCUGAAGCAUCUGUCGCUGAAGGGCUACAGCGAUCUGCCGGCCACCAUCCUGCAUCCUCUGGCCAAUCUGACCAAGCUCAACAUCGUGGUCAAGAACAUACACAAAGUGGCCAGCCAGAUCUUUGCAAAGCAAUCGAAGCUCAAGCAGCUGGUCAUCGAUUGCGAUGUGAAGAACAGCAGCGUCGAGAUGUCCGCCUUUGCCUCGGACGAGCUCUGGCACAUGACAGAGCUGCAGUCCUUCGAGCUCUUCAACUGUGGCGACAAUGUGCCGACAGAUUUGUUCUGGAAGUCCGAGCACUUGGCCUACAUCGGCAUUCGCAGCAACAUCAGCUAUCUGCACAAGGACUUUCUGCAGGCCCAAAAGCGGCUACUCACCCUUCGCCUCGAGCGGAACAAUAUUGCCCGACUGCCGGAUCAGCUGUUCUACUACACGCCCAUGCUUCUGGAGAUACAUUUGGCAUUCAACAAUUUGGAUCGAAUUCAAGCUGGUCUCUUUUCCAAGUUGAAGCAGCUUCAGGUGCUCAAUCUGGAGCAUAAUCCGAUUACCACCAUCGCGCCGACCGCCUUUAAUACCUUGUCAUCGCACAUUUAUGUGGGGCAGCUCUACCCGAAGGCGGAGACAGCGGACUGGGCACGAUCCACGAAUGCCACCAUCUGCGAGGAGGAGUACAUCUAUGGGGUGUGCAUCUACUGCAAGCGGGACGAGUAUAUCGAUCAUUUCGCCGACAAGGAGAACUGCAAUAAGCCCACCCUGAAGGCCAAGGAAAUCCUGGCCAAAAAGGCCCUGGAAAUUCAGUUGAAUCUGAGCUCAACGGAACACAGGAAGGUGCCACAAGAGGAUUAUUCGGAAGACUAACCUCGCAGGAGCUGCAGGACUCUGAUAUUAUGCAUCAAUGCUAAGUACAAUACGAGUAGUUUAUGAUUUAAUGAAAAUGAUUAUAUGUAUUCAAAGAAAAACUCAAUUGACACAAUAAACUAAAAACAAAAUAGGCUAAGCAUAAA